ACGUCCCAACGCGCAAGAAGCGCACCUUCACAUGCGUCCGCCGUCCAGCCGCAAACUUCACACUAAACAGAGCGCCCAUCUUGCAACCACCCCCCGAAGCCCUCCCUCAUCCUCUUGCCAUCCCCCUCACUCCCCACUGUUACUCGCUUCCCUAAUUCCCUCCAACAAACAUGCCCUGGUUGAAAGCACUCGCGGGGAACGACUUUGACUCCCUCAAUGAGGUCGCCCAGGUCAACAGAUACCCGGUCGUCAUCAACAACGACCUCUUUGAAGGACUCCUCAUCAUCCGCAUAAACAACUUUGACGAGUCUAAACUCCCUGAACCGCCUGCAACGCUGCCCUCGGAGACUUUCCUUGACGCCGCUAGUUAUUUUGGAACAAGAUCGAGGCAGUUUAGUUUUCAGGUUGAAGGGAGGUUCAAGAAUAGCGUCAACGGGGAUGACCUUUAUUGGGAUAUCUCGUUUCCGUAUCCUUUGACGGGGUUGCCUUUUUUUACUCCCAUGGUCGUGAAAUUCCUGCAGUACCUGGACCCAGCGACGGAGAUUGAUUUCUAUGCAAAGGAGCAAUAUGUGCGGUCAUCAGUGUUGACCAUGAUGAAUGCGAUUUCAGCAUGGAAACCGUUGAACCUGGACAAGGACGACCAGGAUGCGAUCGCGGAACCUAUCGUGGCGCCGCCCCACUCACCCAAACCGUUGUCCAAAACGGCCGGUCCUGUAACCUCCUCGUCCUCUUCGUUGAAAGGAAAAGCGAAAUCCGUGACAAAACUGACAUCCAAACUGUCGAUGCACUUCAAACAAAAGUCAUCCGACAGUUCCAAAAGCGACAAAAGCAGCAAAGGUAGCGCCGAUCUGAACCCCACCUCCCCCAAACAAGCCGACUCGGACGACGAAAACUUCGACACCCAAUCCGUCGACUCGCUCAACAGCAUCCCCGAACCCCCGGCCACAGUCACCCGCAACGGCUCCACCGAGCGCGUGCUGCAGCCUGAUACCCUCCGCUCCGGCGUCCACGAAGACCUCGCGCUCAUCAUCUCCUCCCUCCGGCGCGCAUCCCACGCCGCUGCCCUCACCCCCACAUCCCCAACAGCGUCGACCGGAUCCCUCCCCGCCGACGCCCCGCCGACGUCCCCAACCUCCCCCACCGGCAGCGCAACCAGCCUAAACCCAGCCGAACCCCCCCGCAGCGACGUCAACAAACGGCGCAAAUUCUACCUCUCAAAAGAGAACCGCGAGCGCGUGACGUUCUCGCCCGAGUACGUGUACGCGUUUGAGAGCUUCAACCCGCAUAUGUGCUGGACGGAUUUCACGGCCAAGAUUCCCGGGUUCAAUAUUGAUGUCAAGAAGUACUUUCCGAUUAAGAGGAUGGUGAGGGUGCGGAUGUGCUCGAAGGAUGGAAAGAAGACGUAUUUGGCGAUGCAUUUUGAGCUGGUUGAUGAGGAGUAGAUGGAUGGAAGGGGGAGGUGUCUGAAUGACGAGAUACUUAUGGGCCGGACUAUGGGGAGGACAUAUGAGCGGGCUGAGGAUAUCAUGACUUGACGGCCCGGCAACUGUAACUUUGUUUAACAUGCCCUCUCGUUUUUGGACCUUUUCACUGUUUACUUUACACCCGUUUUCCGCGUGCAUCUUUUUCCUGUAAGUAAUGGUUCAUCCAAACACUAUGAGAUCUUUCUCUACGAUUGAUCG